UUUUCAUAAGGCUUAGUUAAGUAUAAUAAAAAAUAAAUAUCAGUUAUUAAAAUAAUUAGCUGCUACUAAAAAUAACUAAUAUUGCAAAACAAUGCAUUAUAGUCCUUUUUCACUAAAAAUACAAAACUUGUUAUAUAUACAAUUAAUUAAUUGAAUGUUUACCCUAGAAAAACCUGUUUCUUUUAUAAAUAAAAAAUAUAGGUUUAAAUGUUGGAUUGUUGGCAGCCUUAUUUCCUAAUAAUAUUUUUGAAGUAAAAUGAAAAAGGAGGGAUGAUUUUGAUACUUUUCUUUAAAAAUGUAUAAAAAAAAAAGGUACAUAAUGUACGUCUAAGAGAGAGAUAGUGCUGUCCUACAUAAUCCAGACCUUACCUACCAAAAAAAAGGAAUCAAGAAAUCACACUAUGGAAUUCCCUUGCUAUUGGAUCUUUUUUCCCAUUCCUUUUAUAUUAUCUACUUUAUCUCUGUUUUAUUUUUUUGGUUUUUAUUAACAAAGUCAGCAACAGAUACCAGCCUUUAAAUAUGUGCUGCAGCAAUUACUCAUUAGCCAUCAAAUUAUUCCCUUGAUCUGCAUGGCAUGAAGAGGCUUGGCCACUAGCUUUUUCAGGUCAUCUCACUUCUCAUGCUAUAAUCCUUUUUCCCCUUCUCAUAUAUAUAAGCAAUCCUGUUUCUUCAUUGUUAAGACAAAACCCAACAAAUAUAUAACUGUAACUAGCUUGAAUCAUGGCUCAGGAGAAGAAGGCAAGUGGAGUAGAGUGGAGGAUAAAUGUGGAAGAUGGAUCAUCGAAGAUUUUGGUCCAGGAGGCAGGACUUGCCGCUAGAGCCUGGCUUGGUCUAAAAGGUUUGGUCUUGAAAGUUGGGAAAUUUUUGCAGAAAGCAUAUGAUGUUGGGGCUAAUGAUCCAAGAAAAGCGGUUCAUGGUCUAAAAGUAGGGAUGGCGCUCACCGUUGUCUCACUGUUUUACUAUAUGAGGCCUUUAUAUGAAGGGGUUGGAGGAAAUGCUAUGUGGGCUAUUAUGACAGUUGUGGUAGUCUUUGAAAACACUGUGGGUGCAACAAUAUCUAAGAGUUUGAAUAGAGUGUUUGGAACUUGUCUUGCUGCAUUGCUUGCCUUCAGUGUCCAUUGGGUGGCUUGUAAAGCAGGAGAGAAAUUUGAGCCUUGGAUAGUUGGAGCCUCAGUUUUCUUACUAGCUUCUGCAACAACCUUCUCUAGAUUUAUUCCCUCCGUGAAGCAGCUGUUCGAUUAUGGUGCAAUGAUCUUUAUCCUCACUUUCAGCCUGGUUGCUUUCUCGGGUUAUCGUGUCGACGAAUUGUUUGAAUUGGCUCAUCAAAGACUAGCUACCAUCAUUAUCGGCACUUCCUUGUGCAUUCUUGUGAGCAUGCUCAUUUGGCCCAUUUGGGCUGGUCAGGAGCUAUUUGCUUUAAUCAAUGGCAAUAUGGACAAACUUGCCAAUUCCUUAGAGGGUUAUGUAGCCGAGUAUUUCAAUCCUGAUGAUAGUAACAAAAACUUGCUUGCUUACAAAUGUAUUUUGAACUCAAAAGCAAGCGAAGAAUCUAUGGCCAAUUUUGCCAGAUGGGAGCCGGCUCAUGGUUGCUUCAGUUUUAAGCAUCCUUGGAAACAGUACCCAAAAAUUGGUGCAGCCAUGCGCAGCUGUGCUUACUGUAUUGAGGCACUCGGAAGCUGCAUUGAUUCAGAAAAUCAAGCCCCUGAAUUCAUAAAGAAGCAUCUAAGUACUGCUUGCCUGAGAGUGAGCUCGACUUCCUCCAGUGUUAUAAGAGAGCUAGCAGAAAUUAUCAAGUCGAUGAAAAGAUCAUCCAAUGUAGAUUUUUUUAUUGAAGAAAUGAACAUUGCAGUAGAAGAGCUCCAAGAAGCCUUAAAAUCACUUUCUAAGCUUCCCAAUCCGCCUGAAAGCAAGAAUACAGAGACAGCCGCCUCUGUGGCAAUUGAGACGGUCCCUCUAGUGGAAGUUAUGCCAGCGGUAACUUUUGCUUCUUUAAUGAUAGAAAUUUCUGCAAGGAUCAAAGGCAUUGUUAAGGCAGUGAAAGAAUUAGCAAAGGUAGCUGAAUUCAAGGUCGCAGUUGAAAACAAGUGCAAAGAAAAUCAACCCAACAACGGACUGGUAGUGCAAGGUCUGAGAAAAGACGAAGAGGCAAUGAAGGUUCUUCAAAGAGUCUGAGUUUCUCUACAAUGUUUCUUGGUUGAGUAUUAGAAGGACAUCAUAUAUGACUGUAAUGUGCUUGAAAUUUCCAACUUGAUUGGAAAACUGUUUCCAAUCUUAUUAGUUAGAUGUCAGGGCCUUAAUUGAUUGAUUGUACAGCCAUAGUCGAUAGUCCCAGCAGACUUGCAAAUGGCCUGAAAAGAAUAUCGGACAGGUGCUGGAAAUAGUUGUAAACAUUUAUAUAAGAAACUCAUGACUUUGAGGCAUAUUUGAGUUUAAAAAUAAUAUUCA